AUGCUGCCCCCUGCACUAAAUAUUCCCAAAUGGCUAGAAGCUAAUUCUCAUCUCCUUCAACCACCAGUCAACAACUACUGCGUGUAUCACCCCUCAUCUCCGGCAACCGCCGGUUAUACUGUGAUGAUCGUCGGCGGGCCCAACGCGCGAACAGACUAUCAUAUCAAUACGACACCGGAGUUCUUCUAUCAGUACCGAGGAUCUUUACUUUUAAAAACAGUCGAUACAUCCACUACCCCACCUACAUUUCAAGAUAUCCCUGUGCAUGAGGGGUCUAUCUACCUCUUACCGGCGAACACCCCACAUUGCCCUGUGCGAUUUAAGGAUACAGUUGGUGUAGUAAUGGAACAGCCGCGAGUACCAGGUGCAGAAGACAUCAUGCGAUGGUAUUGCCAGAAGUGUAGCGGAGUGGUGUGGGAAAAGCAUUUUGUCUGCACAGAUUUGGGAACACAGGUGAAGGCCGUUGUGGAAGAGUUUGGAGCAGACGAGCAGAAAAGACGGUGCAAGAGCUGUGGAGAGAUAGCGGCGACGCGAUACCAGGAAGGAGAAUUGGUGCAGCCGCCCACGCAUCCUGAAUAA